AUGACGUUUGAUCUUCUUGUGACUGUCUUUCAGAAAACACUAUUCCAUCCGUUUAUUGCUUGGUUGAUACCCCUGUGCCUGGUCGCUCAAGCGACACCAUAUUCCCAUCCCUCCUUCAUCAUUACAGCGACAUAUGCUGCUGUCCUGAGUUCAUUUGUCGUGUUAUCAUAUGUAAAUAAGCGCUUAGCCUACGGACCACCGCGCAAUGUCGAUUUCAAAAGAGAAGUUGUUGUGGUUGCGGGUGGUGCUAGUGGACUUGGGCUUGCGAUAGCCGAAACAUAUGGGAUGCGAGGGGUGAGCGUCGCAGUCUUGGAUAUUAAAGACCCAGGCGAGAACAGUGGGUAUGUAAGAUGGGACGAAUUCCCAAGUCUGGAAUACUAUAAGUGUGAUAUGAGCAGCAAGAGUGAGGUUGAUAAAGCAGCUAAGAAAAUAGUGAAGGAUCUAGGGAGGCCAACGAUUUUUGUGAACUGCGUGGCAACAGCCAUCAAUGGUCUUCCCUUACUCUUCCUUUCAGACAAGGCAAUCGAGACAACUAUCAAAACAAACGUCCUCUCCCAUUUCCAUGCACUCAAAGCAUUUAUCCCGGGAAUGCUAUCCUCUCGGAUUGGAGGUACCAUUGUCACUGUCAGCUCCGUUCUAGGCCAUAUUACCGCUGCUGGCUUGUCAGACUAUUCUGCCUCAAAAGCCGCUGUGACCGCAGUGCAUAGAACUAUAGACGCAGAGGUACGGCUGUUAGGAGCCUCAGGGAGAAUAAAAACCAUUUUGGUUGAAACUGGUCAAAUUGCCACGCCAUUAUUUGAAGGAUUGGAAACACCAAAUAGCUUUUGGGCUCCGGUAUUAGAGCCAGUCCAGGUGGCGCGCGAAAUUAUAUCCAUGAUCGAUAGCGGAGAUGGGGGAGUGAUCAGAAUGCCGGCUUAUGCCUCAUUACUGGGAGUUUAUGCUAUGCUCCCGGCAUCUAUUGAGAGAUUUGCCAGGUACCUAAGCGGUGUUGAUUCAGCUGUCGCUAAAGCAACUAUUUCAGCCGCUGCGGAGAAUAAGGAGCAAGCUAUGCCUCUUUCAACAAGCAGCUCUGAGGAUAGCGAUCACGACGACAGCGACAAUUGA